AAUUCGUCGAAAUCGGUUCAUUCGAAAAAUUUCACCCGUUGAAACAAGGCGCGCUUUUAUGUUUAUUGUUAUUGAUAUUAUUAUUGCGUGUACUCGUGCAUUCAUACAGUGGGGGACGUGUGCGAUCUCGGGUUGGUAAUUUUGUUUUGAUCGAUGAGUCCACAACAUAGUGAAAAAUUAUAUAAUUUAUUUAAACGCACAUAAGAAUUACAAAAAGUGGUGAAAGAAAGUGUAUAAAGUUACGUGGCCAUUCCACAAACCAAAAUAACGUGCUAAAUUUGUAAGGGCUUAUAACUUGAAAUUUACAAAAAAUGCUGUUUCCACUACUGCGAUAGUUACUUAUCGUAUGAUCUGAACUGGUGUCUCUGUGGAAAGUUUUGAGUGAUCAUUGUUGUACAAAGUGGGUAACUGAAGCGUAGUACUAGGUGCAGAAAAACAAAUCAAGUAGCGGCAUCGCCUAAAAUUGUUCUAGUGAUACAAUUGUAACGUGAAUGCAUUUUUCCGUGGAAAUAGGCAUGAGAUCAGCAAGCUUUUGUAUGUGACAAAAUGGUUACAUCGAUCAAUUAACUUGUGUAUAAUUUAUUUAAAAAAAACUCAUCAUAAGUCAUAACAAUCGUUGUUUCAUUGGCGAGAUGAUGCAUCAACAAGGGAAAAGUGAGUCUUAAACUUGAGAAAAAAACAGUGCUUGAAUUGCGGGUUGUAAUUCUUAAUGAUAAUUAUACCGUAGACAAUUGGGAAGGACAGCUUUGUUGUGGUGUAGCUUAAGACGAUUUUGGUAUCGUAUAGUUGAGUGGAAGCAGAUUUGAAUUCGUUUUGUCGUACAUUUGUCAGAGAGCCGGCUCAAAAAUGAACUCAUACUUUGAACAGACCGGAUUCUAUGGACAUCCUCACCAAGCCGCGGCCGGAAUGAUGACAACGACAGGAACCCAUCAUGAUCAAACAACGGCUGCAGCAGCCGCGGCUUAUAGAGGGUUUCCACUUUCUCUCGGAAUGUCCCCGUAUACGAACCAUCACCUGCACCAAACACGCACAGCCCAAGAGUCACCAUAUGAUGCGAGCAUACAGGCCGCGUGUAAACAAAUUUACGAGGGCUCCUACAGUUCCAAAGAUUGUGGAACGAAAGGCACCAGUGGAAACAACGGCACGGACACAAGUAACGGCUACAAAGAUGUGUGGAAUGCAAACAGUGGCGCAACUAAUGGGGCGACCACUGGUGCCACUGGUAGUAACGUACCUGCCCAACAAAACAGUUCUGUUCCGGUCAGACCUUCCGCAUGCACGCCAGAUUCGCGCGUAGGGGGCUAUAUUGACGCAUCUGGAGGGAGCCCAGUGAGUCGGGCUGGUUCGGCUGCUGCCGCAGCUGGCGUACCCGGGUCAUGGAAUACCAAUCAAUGUUCACUAACUGGGUCAACUGGUGGACAAGCUGCUCCUUCCACUGGACUGCAUCAGUCCAAUCACACUUUUUAUCCCUGGAUGGCUAUUGCAGGUAAGAGAUACUCAGAAUCUCUUGCGGGCACUCUUCUACCAGACUGGAUAGGUGCAAAUGGAUUACGAAGAAGAGGACGCCAAACUUACACAAGAUACCAAACGCUGGAAUUGGAGAAAGAGUUCCACACUAACCACUACCUGACCCGUCGACGCCGGAUUGAAAUGGCACAUGCUCUAUGUCUAACAGAGCGACAGAUCAAAAUUUGGUUUCAAAACCGCCGAAUGAAGCUAAAGAAGGAAAUUCAAGCCAUCAAGGAGCUAAACGAGCAAGAAAAACAGGCUCAGGCUCAAAAGGCCGCUGCAGCAGCUGCAGCGGCUGCGUUACACGAGCAAAACUAGGGGUUACACCAACAACACACCAAUCACAGUAGUGCAAGUAAUUAUUUAUACUAAAGAAUAAAUUCCGGUCAAAUCAGGAAACAGAUCAAUAUGACAUAACAGAUUGAUUGUUUGUUCUUUAUUUCAUCAUAUAAUACAGGUAGUAUAAUAUAUCCAUUUUGUUUGGUUGUGUAGCCUCAGAGGCACUACAAUAUUUUUUAAACUGUUGUAUAAGUUUUUUGCAAUCUUAAAGACUGUUUAUCUGUUCCCAGUGUUUAUCUUCUUUGGCAGGGAUUAUUUUAAAUUCAUUCUCCUAUCUUGUUCACCAAACUUUUUCUUAUUAAAUCCUUUAAUAUGUUAUUUUGCUUUCAAUGGGUUGUGCCGAUGAUAAAUACUAAAACAUAGGUAAACAAGCUAAUUUUGUGUUUAGGUAGGUUUCUUUCGGCAUUUACGGUGAAUGGUGGUGGUGAAAUGGUGAACCUAAAAAAAAUCCUAAGACCGAUUACUCGACAUCCUAAUGGGUAGACACAUUCUUCUUCUUGUUCUCAUUUUUCACAACAAUUAUUGGCCGUCUAAACCAACCAUAGUCACUAAUGAGCUCGCCUAUUUGGGAAUAAUUCGUGUACCCAUAGCAUUGCACUCAGUACCACAUAUGGAGGUUUCGGUCAAAACGGGAAUUCAAGACAUGACGGACAUGUUGUUAAGUCGUGAGAUUUGACGAUUGUGCUAGUGUACCGAUAGGCAAACAUGUUUACGAAUACUUUUUCAAUCCCAUUUCCUAUCUCUAAUCCUAAAUCAAACAUAUAGGUUAAAGACCAUUCCUAGUGUCCAAAUCAUGUUUCCAUAUUGUUGUGGCUAUGAUGCUGUUGAGCACGAAUAAUGGCAUGUAUGUCACACAUUGUAAUAUAGGCACGUGGCGACAGUAACACAAUAUAUACGAUACAGAAAGAACAAGAACUGCAUAACAGUAAGCUGAAAACAAUACACAGCUCUAAAUUAUCAAUGUACAAAAUUCAAUCAGUCUACAAUUUAAAAAACUGCGCAAGGCAGGAAACAAUUUAGUCGAAACCAAUACAUAUAAGAAAGGAAUCUCAUUCAUAUGAUUGCUAUACGAAUGAAUCUAAAAAAAACUUCAGCAGGAUGUAAAUCAUUAUAUUCAUUUGUCAACUGCAAAAAAUAUCCAAAGUAUGUCGAUAACUGUAAAAAUUGCUACACAAAGCUGUUUGAAAAGAAAAUUCUAGGAUCCCGCUUUUUAAAAUACUUUUUUCUGAACCGAAAAGAAACUAGUAAUAUGUUUUCGUUUGUGAUGCAACACGCUGCAAUAUUAUUAAACUAUAUCAAAUAACUGAACUUUAUGAUAUAGUUCUUUCGUAUAUGUUCCAUUGAUUUUAAUCUUUACUUAGAGCGAUUUUUAGUAUUUAAUUAAUUACGCGUACGAAUAUCAUACCAACUGCGUACGAAUAUCGUAGCAGUAAGUAAAAUAAUUUAGUUUGGUUUUCCAUAAAAAAGGCUAGGAAUAAAACCAACACAUGUAAAAAACACACAUUAGAAUGGGUGACUUAGACAAAUGUUUGAAAUGAUCUGUAAUGUUGGUUUGUUAUUUAUUUUGAAUAUUGUAGCUGUACUUUCAGCCAUUUUCUCAAGUAGUUUUUGCUAUGUUGUCUAUUUAAAUCAGUUGUUUUACAAUUUUUGCGAUUUUUGUAUUGUAUAUACAGAAACAUUAAAAAAUAUUUUGCCGGAACAGACUGUUUUUUUAUUAAUCUUUUCCAUUACUCUUCCUCAAUUCGUACUUAUCCGGUUCUCAGUGUGUUAUGACUCCAACGCGAAUGUCCUUUUGAAUUUGUUUUACGUCAUUCAAUACCGAUGUACUUAUUUAUUACCAUUUUUAUAAAAAGAAAUCUAAUUUAACUAUAAACCAACACCUUCAAAAAUUUAGUUUAUCGUCAUGUCCAAGCAACGGCUGGCAUUUGAUCAACCUUAUUGCUCACUUAUAUUGGCUGGAAAUGAUUUCGACAUUCAUUUUGCGGUGAAAUGAAACACAACAUGAAAUGGUUACUCAACGUAUACUUUAAAAUAAAUCUUAUACAGAAUUCCCGGAAAUAGACAUCCAUUUGAUACAUGUUGCUGUUCUGUGGUUCUUCUGAUGAGAACGAGUUGCAUAACAUUGUGAGGAAUGUACAGGAGAGAGGGAACCAAAAAAAUAUCUAGGACGGAAAUACGUAACUGUAGAUUUAAUGAACACUUUCGAAAAGAAACUUAUAAUUAAUGAAACAAGCAAACCUAGUUUCGGUUAGUGAUGUUAAUUUCGCCCAAGAGAAUAAAUGAGUUGAACAAGCGAAUAAAAACGAUACACGUGGUUGCUGAGAGUGUUGAAUUCCUUCGAGGAAAGAAUUUAAAUGCUAGUUUAACCUAGCGCAAAAAAAACGUUUGAAAGGGUUUGUACGCACAAUUUCUUCUCAAAAAAAGCCUGCAAACAAAACAUUGAAUGUAUACGUAACUAAUUCGUAAGGAGAUCUUGUAUUUAAAUAAGAAUUAUUAAUAUGGAUUAGAAAACAAAACAACGCGCAACAGCAAACAAAUUUAGAAGAAUAGAACAGUGGAAGAAGUCAACAAAUGGCAGAAUUAAAAACUAAACGAUAAAUUAAAAUGUGGAAUACAACACCCGUCUAACAACCAGUGACAAAUAUUAUAAUAAAAGGUUUAGUUUGUGCUUUUCCAAUACGAGUAAUUAAGUGAAUUAAGUAAACUACGAGUCCCAAAGUAGAGUACAUGUGACCACUAAAUAAAUAAUUUAUCAUUGCUUUAUUGAGUCUUCACGUAAAAUCGCGAUAAGCAAAAUCACACUGUCAUGAAUAGAUCAAAAAUUCGAAAGAGCAAAGAGGCAGUAUUUUGCCAAUAGUUUAAGUAACUAAAUUUGAGCAGUUCGAUGCAAUGCACACGCUGUUCGAUAACUAUUAGAAGUACAACUGCAAGAAGCUCAAACUGUACACGAGGAGAAGAAAACAAAAAGAGAAAAAAUAUUUUCUCUCGCCAGAUCUGGGUGGAAACAUAAAAACUACCUAAAGCUAAAGAAAAGUUUUUAAAGAUGACAAAGAGAGUCAUACUUUUAAAAACAUACCGAAAGCAAUUUGUCAGAUUUGUCAGAAAAUAAAUGAAUCGAUUACAACAGAAAA